AUGUCGGAUUCUAAAAAGAAAAAUGACGACAUGGCUACUGUCGAGUUCGAAUCUUCGGAAGAAGUCUCUAUUGUUCCGACUUUCGAUAAAAUGGGAUUGAGGUUAGUUUUUACUUGUUAAAUUGAUUUUUACGUUCGAUUUUUAAGAGAAGAUCUGCUUCGUGGAAUUUACGCUUACGGAUUCGAGAAACCAUCGGCUAUCCAACAACGUGCUAUUCCGGCCAUUUUGAAGGCUCGCGACGUCAUCGCUCAAGCUCAAUCCGGAACGGGAAAGACGGCGACGUUCUCGAUUUCCGUUCUUCAAUCCUUGGACACCCAAGUCCGUGAGACCCAGGCACUCAUUCUAUCGCCAACCAGAGAAUUGGCAGUUCAAAUUCAAAAGGUCGUCCUUGCUCUCGGAGACUACAUGAAUGUGCAGUGCCACGCGUGCAUUGGAGGAACGAAUCUCGGAGAAGACAUACGCAAACUCGACUACGGACAGCACGUCGUCUCCGGAACUCCCGGACGUGUCUUCGACAUGAUUCGGCGUCGCAAUCUUCGCACUCGCGCCAUUAAGCUGCUCGUUCUCGACGAAGCCGAUGAAAUGCUCAACAAGGGAUUCAAGGAGCAACUGUACGACAUCUAUCGCUACCUGCCGCCAGGCGCUCAGGUCGUUCUGCUCUCCGCCACUCUGCCACACGAGAUUCUCGAAAUGACCAGCAAGUUCAUGACCGACCCAAUCCGCAUUCUCGUAAAGCGUGACGAGUUGACUCUUGAAGGAAUCAAGCAGUUCUUCGUGGCCGUCGAUCGGGAGGAGUGGAAGUUCGACACUCUGAUCGAUCUGUACGAUACGCUCACGAUCACUCAGGCAGUUCUGUUCUGCAACACCCGCAGGAAGGUCGACUGGCUCACCGACAAAAUGAAAGAGGCCAACUUCACCGUCUCUUCAAUGCACGGAGAUAUGGAACAGAAAGAUCGUGACGAAGUGAUGAAAGAAUUCCGGGCUGGAACCACCAGAGUACUCAUCUCCACCGAUGUCUGGGCUCGUGGACUCGAUGUCCCACAGGUGUCACUUGUAAGUUCUAUCAAGAUUUAUUCAGUUGUAUCUACUAAUCUUCAGGUCAUCAACUACGAUCUGCCGAACAACCGUGAGUUGUACAUUCACCGCAUCGGUCGCUCCGGACGUUUCGGACGCAAGGGAGUCGCCAUCAACUUCGUGAAGCAGGAUGACGUCAGAAUCUUGAGAGAUAUCGAGCAGUACUACUCCACCCAAAUCGACGAGAUGCCGAUGAACAUCGCCGACAUCAUCUGA